AUGGCUGACAGUUGUUCAGAGAUCACUGGUGAAGUCUUCGACAAGGAUUGCUCCCGGGCGUGCGAAGUUUGCGGUCAGACAGGGCACACGAAAGAUACAUGCAUGCACCUGAUUGCAAGCAAGUAUGAAGGCUUGAAGGACGUCGACGGUGGGCAUAGCGGAUCAGUGAGGAUGAGAGCGAGGGGGAAGUGGAGCGCUGACUGUGCGAGGAAGACGAAUAUGCCUGCGGCAACUUCAAGUGGAAGGAAUGCUCAAACAUCUCUGAUCCAGGCGUUCGCGGUUGCCACCGGUCUGGUUCACUCAGCGGAACCCAAGAAAAAUGACCAGGACGCGAAGUUCGCUCAAACUCUCAAGGGCCUGACGUCACAGCAUCUCCUCGAAGCUUCCUUCCGCCCCCCAAAACCAGUCAUCCCCGCCAAACACACGACGAAGGAGAGCGAAGGAGGAACGAGCCAGCAGCUGGUAGAAAUUCUCUCACGGAAGUCGGCCCGUGAGAUGGAAGCUUUCCAAGCGGUGCACGCAGCCAACAUGGCAGAGAACAAAUUGAGAGAAGCCCUGCAACGAAAGUCGGAUGCGGAGAGGAAGGUGGAAAAGGUGCUGGAGGAGAUCAAAAGCCUGGAAAAACACUCCUGA